AACAAGGGAGAACAAAGUAGGCUAAUCAGACUAACUAAGGGAAACUUAUUUUUCUGGGGAAAAGCUUCUGCUCUAUGAGAGUGUAAUUGCAGAGGAUGAAGCUGCUCGUGGCCCCUGCAGCAGCACAGUGAACACAAACAAACUUAAAUAAUCCAAAAUGAUAAAACACUUGAUAAACACAUUUGUUAUCCGGUGAAAAGACCACUCUGACAACAACAACAUCAUCCCCCUCCUGCCCUGCGCAGUUUCCCCGCAAAAUGCGCCAGUGUGCCACGUGAGGGAGGCGCAAAAUGGGAUCUUGACCCAUUUUUUCCUCUUCCUCUCUCCUCCUCAGGAUGAAAUAUGAAACCUGGUCCAUUUCAGCCAAGUCUGUCCCCUGGGCUCCCAGUUCCUCCAGCGCCAACACUGCUCUGCAUUACCCAGUUUCAUUUGGCUUUUUCAGACUUAAACCAGUUUUGACACUUUGACAGGACACUUUUAUUCUUUUUUUUUUUUUUUUUUAACGAACCACCCACUCCAACAUUUUAUCCAAUUUUCUCUCUUUGGAUUUGUUUCUGCAAAAGUUUUUGAAACGUUUUUCCUGCCAGCUGCAUGUGGAUUGCGAACUAUCCCGAAACUUUUAUUUUGUAAUAAGCUCCCUUUGAGAGACAGCAUCUCUCCGCUGGCGCUGUGACCGGGAUGCGGGUGGUCGUGAUUGUAAACUGAGCGCAAAACAUAAGAGACGUGGGAGCAUCGCCUGCAUCCUAUUGUCUCUGGGAUGUAAGAAGCCACUGAAGUACUUUGGGUUGUUUUUUUUCUUUUCAUCCUCAAAGGAAUUAACUUUUGUUUUAUCACGAGGACAAAUUAUGGCGAGAUUUUUGUUGAACAUGCGUCUUGUUCUGGUUUUGUUCGGAUUAUUUUUGCUCUCUUCUCCAUCUGCAAGAGCCGAGCCGGAGCUGCAGGACGAGGAGGAGGAGGAGAGUUCCUGUCAGGGCGCUUUUGACCUGUAUUUUGUGCUUGAUAAGUCUGGCAGUGUGAAGAAUCACUGGGAUGAAAUCUACUACUUUGUGGAGAAUCUAGCUGAGAAAUUCAAAAGUCCAAUGCUGAGGAUGUCCUUCAUUACAUUCUCCUCCAGAGCAUCCACCAUCAUGAAACUGACGGAAAACAGAGUGGACAUCAGAAAGGGGCUGAACGCUCUGAAAAGGGAGAUUCCAGGUGGAGACACGUUCAUGCACCUUGGAUUGCAGAGGGCAAAUGAGCAGAUACACCGUGAAAACUUUGGCACGGCCAGCGUGAUUAUUGCACUGACAGACGGGGAGCUGCAGGAGCAUCAGCUCAUCACUGCACAGCAAGAGGCGGAGAGAGCCAGGUCUCUUGGAGCUAUUGUGUACUGCGUUGGUGUCAAAGACUUCAAUGAGACACAGCUGGCCACCAUUGCAGACACCAUCGAGCAUGUGUUUCCUGUCCUGGGUGGCUUCCACGCCCUCCGGGGGGUCAUUGAUUCGAUCAUCAAGAAAUCCUGCAUUGAAAUUUUGGCAGCUGAGCCCUCCAGUGUGUGUGCAGGAGAGUCCUUCCAAGUGGUGGUGAGAGGAAACGGUUUCCUCCAUGCCAGAAACAUCAACCAGGUGCUCUGCAGCUUCAAAAUCAACGAUACCAUUACAAUCAAUGAAAAGCCGGCUGGAGUAGAAAACACAUUCUUGCUGUGUCCAGCUCCUGUCAUCGAUGAAAUCGGGAAGGUGAUUUAUCUCCAAGUGAGCAUGAAUGAUGGUCUGUCCUUCAUCAGCAGCAACGUGCACAUCACCACCACAGAGUGUUUCGAUGGCACCAUUCUCCUCAUCACCCUGCUGGUGUUGUUCCUGCUGCUGGCCCUGCUCUUCAUGUGGUGGUUCUGGCCUCUCUGCUGCACUGUGGUGAUCAAAGAACCACCUCCUCCACCUCCUCCUGAGCCUGAGUCAGAUGAUGAAGAUGGCAUGCCGAAGAAGAAGUGGCCGACUGUGGACGCUUCAUAUUACGGAGGAAGAGGAAUUGGAGGAAUCAAGAGGAUGGAGGUGCGCUGGGGAGGAAAGGGUUCGACCGAGGAGGGGGCAAAGCUGGAGAAGCCGAAGAAUGCUGUGGUGAAAAUGCCGGAGCAGGAGUACGAACCCUUCGAGCCCAAACCUAAGAAACCUCACAGCAAGAAGCCGCCUCAGAGCCGGAAGUGGUACACACCCAUCCGGGGUAAACUGGACGCUAUCUGGGCUCUGUUUCGCCGCGGGUAUGACCAGGUCUCUCUGAUGAGACCCCAGCCCGGGGAUCAUGGUCGUUGCAUCAACUUCACAAGAGUGAAGGACGAGUCGGCAGCAGCAGCAGCAGCAGCCAAGGCCGCACCUCGCACCCCGAUGGACACGCCCUCGCCGCCGCCACCAGACUACCGCCCCGUCACCCGCACCGCCUCCUCGUCUCCCACCUCCAGCAGCCCUCCUGCCAGAUCACCCCCACCAGGCCAGGUACUCCCAGGUCCGCCACCAUCCCGCACGCCCCCGGGGCUACCCUGUCCACCGCCAUCGCGUCCCCCGCCCAGCCUCCGCCCCUGAAUCACAUAGACAAACCCCUCUCCUACCCCACCCCCAAACGCACCCGCUUUGAUACACAGACUUAACGCUCUGUUGACCAGUUCUUUCAGUUUGAAGGCUGUGGUCCUCGCUGCCAAAGAUACUCCUGCUAUAAGCCAAAGAUUAUGAAUCCCAGCCAUUCUGUGCUCCUCUUCUUGUAUGGGAAAGAGUGUCAAGUUAAACCUAAAGCUGGUAAUUUAGUUAUUUCACACAUGCUACCACAUAGCAUGAUAACAUCAGAGAAACUUGAUACGAAAACUGAAUUUUUACUAAACUCGAUGCCCAAGUGCCAAAGUGAAGAGUGGUCAUUUCCUACAGGGUAUUAGCAUUUGCUCAUGAGCAAGAAAAAUGAUUUUGACGAACAGUUUGACUUAACGCUCUGUCCCAUACAGAGUGAAUGAAUGGGGUGAUUCUGAGAAAUAUUUUACUUUGUGUCGGCGUUUGUGAGAUCAGGGAGGAUUGUUGCUGGACAGCAAAGCAUGUUGGGACAGGAAGUCCACAGAAGAAUACUGCAAUGGAUGAAAUUUCUUUGUUGUUUAUAUCAACUACUGAGUUAUGCCAUUGAGAAUUAAGGUGAAAAGUAGGUUGUACAUGGAAAUCUGAGUAACCAGGUUAGAGAAUAGAUUGGCGUAUUACUCCAUUGUUGUGAGGUUUUUUUUUUGGGGAAUUGGGUUUCAAAGCAAUUUCAAAAUCAGUCAUGUUGUUAAUGGUGUUAAGUAACAAAGAAAAACAUGUGAUUUGUCAAAAAUUUAAGUUUUGGACCUUUGUUCUUGAUAGAUAUAUUUCAUGAAUCCCAUGAGGGAAACUCUCAGAGCUUAAGUGAAUUAUUUUUUCUUCACCUUUUUGCGACGUUUCUUUCAUCCAACAACAUGCUAACCCAACAAAUUCCAACUCUUUAAUGCAGAAAUGAUACAGUUACAUGAUUUUGUGGUCCAGUCUUUGUACCAUUCAGUGACAGGGAAGUGUACAGAUGUUAUAUGGAAGGUAUGUUUUUACUUUGAGAUGCGAUUUUGAAUGCUACGUUGGUUGACGUCUUUGAGGCUUUGGAUAUUGUCCUUAACCAUCUUUUCAUGUAGUUAAAUUUAGAUAACAGCAAUAUAUAUUUUUUUUGUUUUUUUUGUUUGUUUUGGUAUCUGCGCACAUAGACUGCUGGGCAACUACAGUAUGUAUUUGUUUUUGUUAACAUUGGGACAUGGAAAUCGAGCAAACAGAAAUCAGGUUAACGUCUCUCCUCACAUUUUUUUAUACACAAUCCUGAUACUGUACUUUGAUACCAUUAUGUGUGUUUUAUGUCUUCAAUUUUAUCAUCACCGGUCACAUUGCAGGUCACAUUGCAACUGCAGGGCAGUUCAAAGAGCAUCUAAUUUAUUUUACUCCCCGAGAGAAAUAGAGGAGAGUACUUGAAUAUCGACAAGGUGUCCAACCACCAAGACGGACACUGUGCGCAGAAUUUAGAAACACAACAGCUAGCCAGUUAAAAGUCUUACCAGCAUUUCUCAACCCCUCAGCUACAUUGAACAGCAAAGUAAUCCAGUUACAUUUUAUGCUGUGUAAAUUGGGGGGGGACACCAAAAAUUGAGUGACUCUUGGUGUGCACUAUGCCCUCAUUGCUCUUUUCCAGCCGGCGAAAAGACGCCGCUAGCAACUUCAUGCUAAAUUGGGAAAAAUAGGGAAAGUCAAUCCUCCACAAAUGAACAAGAAAGAACAGAAAUAUGAGAUUUUGACUUCAGGGUGUAGAAAAGCAGUUGAAAAAUGUUGGUAUUCCUUUUAUAUCCAGUGCCUUCUGGAAUUUUCUUCUUUGAUUUUUUCUUUUUUUUCUGUUAUAUACUUUCAUUUUAAUGUACGUCAUUCAGUUAUGCCCUGUACCGUUGUGUUACUACAUGCAUUCGUUAUCAGUCACCGCGUCUUAGAAGCGGUUCCACUGCUGAGCUAAGGGAAAGGUCCAUAUGUACAUUGCUUCACAAAUGUGUAUAAUCCACAUUCACAUUUUCACAAAAAAAAAAAAAAACGCCUUUUAAUCUCGCUUAAGAAAUUUUAAUUAGCCUGCUGGAGUUUUAAUAAUAAGGUGUUACGUGUAACAAUUAUCAAAUUAAUUGUGAUACAUUGCUAAAUUAACCGUAAACAAGAUGAGAUCUGAGCAAGAUAAGCAUGUAUGUCCCAAGAAAUUUCUAGCAUCAAACUUGACUGUAUUUCCAUUUUCUUUUUAGGAGUCUGUUCAGAAUAAUUUCUUAACAAUUUCCUUGGAAAAUUCAUAGAAAGAGCUGUGUAAUGUGGUAAUAUCAUUGGUUGUGUUCAAUUGGUACACUUCCAUUUAAUUAAUUCCUACUGAUUGGUAGCAUGACCUUGAGAGACUCCAAUGGACACUGCCUUCGCUCGUAAACUAAUGCAUAGUAGAAGCUGAUAGGCUGACAGGCUUUUCAUUUCAUUUACUGAAAGUAAAACAUACAAAACAGAAUCCAUAAAACUUUGGCCAACACAACUGUUUGUAAAUCAGUAUUGCCUCUGACGUGGCACUACCAAGAAAUUCAUUGUGCCUUAAAAAAAAGUAAACCAGAUCCCCAACUCAGAAACACAAUUAUGGUGUUUUACUUUGUAAUUUGCUGCACCAUCAAACUGCACCUUGGUUUGUUUGUUUUUUUUGUUCCCCUCUUCUCAUGGAGCUGAGUGAUCAGGAGCUCUAACUAGACCAAAGCAGAUCUCAUCACCUCAGUUGAGCUUUAUUAAUGACACAGUGUCAAUGAAAAAUGCAUUUCAUUUUUGGAAAUAAACAUUUUUAACGUGAAAGUUUGUCUAGAGAUGCAAUACACUGUUACCUUGGUUUCAUCAGUGCAUCUUUUCCUAAUUUGUUCUCAUAGUAGAAGAUUGAUACCCAAGAAAGAAUUACAGUAUAAAUUCCAUAAAGAUGCAAGAUCAGUGCUUUAAAGGGAAACAGUUGUUAUCAGAUCUGUCAUCCCAAGAUGAGUUGAGAUGCAUUAUGUUAACCAGUGUUUUUUUACAUGUAUAAACAGCAGUACUGAAGCAAAUAUGAAAGACGUACAGUUGGGUCCAAAAGUCUGAGACCACUUUUCCAUUCCCAUGUGAAUGGGAAAGUGGUCUCAGACUUUUGGACCCGACUGUAUAUGAUUUUAUUUGUUGGUUGACAUGACUCUUUUUUCUUUCUUUUUUUUUUUUCUUUUUUUUUUUUUUUUUAAAAACAGUAUUCAAUAAAGGUUGAUUUCCAAGCUUCUACCAGAGUUUCUGUGUGUGAUUUCUGCUUGGACAUCUGUGUAAUACAGGAUUCAGUGGACUGACUAAUUUCCCCCUUUUGCAGCUCCACCCCUGAAAGUUUGGACAGCUGAUAAUAACUAUUAUAUUCAAAAUUUUGGCUAACCUCAAAGACAGAUUGUAUUUAGCUUUAUCUGUCUCCUUAUUGCCAUAAAUACCCUUUUCACAGUAGCUAUUUUAACUCAUUAUAAAUCAAAAUGUGUGCUGUGAGGAAGGUCUGUUGAGUAAUAAACAGAACGUUCCUCUUUGCAGGUGUAAGUAAUAAACAUUAACAAUGGCUGAAAUCCAUUUAGCUGCUUCAGGUUGAGGGUUCCGGUUGUUCUUAAAGCUGCACUACUCAAAAGGUUUAUAUUAAUAAUGGAUCGAAUGACUAGGUGUAAUACAAAAUGUUUUUUUUGUUUUUUUAUCCCAAAAAAAUCAUCGAUAAACCCACUGUAUACUACCUGUCCAGCACCAAGCACUAGGUAGACGAAGUUAGCAAUUAGCUGUUGUACAGAGUGGAGCAUUUAGCAGCUAAAGAGAUAUUUCACAGAUUUCCUUUAGGAGGUGGUGGAGACCAAAGCAGCGCUAAAAAGCGAUUUAAUGUUGGACUAAUAUUCACCAGAUUCACAGAAACAAAUGAAUGCAAAUUCUGUUUCUGUUUGAUGUGUAUUUAAGCUGCUGUUUGCUAACUAAAAAACUGUUAUUGCAGGUUUAACUGAGUUAUUACUGUACAUUUGAGUAAGACUACAUGUAGUGACCCAAAACAAGGUAAGUUGCGUAACCAAGUGAAAAACAGAAUUCUGAAGC